AUACUUUUACCAAGAACCACACACUAAUUCAAGCCAAUGUUGGAGGGAUUACUGGCUAGUUUUUUGAAUCGGUUUCUAGGUGAAUACAUUGAGGAUUUUGAUGCUAAGCAACUGAAUGUCGGCGUGUGGAAUGGAAGUAUUACGCUUCGUGAUUUAACUCUCAAACCUAAUGCCCUUCGACGUUUUGGUCUUCCCAUUGGCGUUCAGUAUGGAAUUGUCAGAAAACUUGACGUGACCAUUCCAUGGUCGAACUUAAGAAAUAAGCCCGUUGAGAUUCACAUCUCAGGUAUACAAGCGCUGGGCUCGUCCAACACAACUAUCGCCAAACGUGAACCAGAACUAGAAGACAGCAACGUAUUACUAGAACACAAACGAAAUGAACUAGAAUAUUGGGAAGCUUCACGGUUAAGCUCCAAUUCCGAACAAAAUGAUCCGAAGGCUCAGUCAAUGACCGAAUCUUUAUUAACUCGAAUGGUAAAUAACAUUCAAGUGACUAUCGAAGAUAUUCAUAUACGCUACGAGAAUGAUGGAGCUCGAGCGAAGCUCCCAAAAGGUUUCGCUUUUGGUAUCUGCAUCAGUCAGUUCUCCGUUGUUUCCUGUAAUGAUAACUGGGUACCUAUUUUUAUUGAACAGGAUCUGAAUAUCAUUCACAAACUCUGCUCACUUGAAUCUUUUUGUAUAUACUACAACGAGUUCUCUGUGAACUCGAACACACAUGUUGAUGACUACAGUGUUUAUCUUAAUGAAACCAAAACAAAUGGUAUUGAAUAUAUCGUAUCGCCAGUGAAUGGUACUGCUCGGUUGGUUCUGAACAAGGAUCCGACGUCUGAAGCUCCCAAAACAACCGUUGAUCUCAUUUUUGAUGCCUUAAACCUUACGCUUUAUGACCAACAAUAUUCAGAAUUAUUAGAGACUUGGAAUGACGUCUCCCUUUUCCUAAUUGCUCGCAAACAUGCCGCAGAAAGACCGCAACAGUCGUACUCCGAUAAUCCUACGGUCUGGUUGCGAUAUGCAUUUCUGCAUGAGCUACGUCUCGUGCGUCAACGUCGGAAAGCGGCAACUUGGCCGGCUAUAAAGGCUUUCUGUGAACGGAGACGAUCGUAUCUAGAACUAUUUGAAAAACGAUUUUUGGAAAGUCUUACACCCGAGGAAUCUGCUGCCAUUGACGAGCUCGAACUUUUCUUUUCUGUGUCAGAUAUAAAACUUUUCCGCACACUUGUGUACCAAAAGAUCAAGCGGGAGGGUAUUAAGCCAAAACCAAAACCAGCUGAAACUCAACAGGGGUGGACAUCGUGGCUUUGGAAUUCCCUCAAGUCCGACACAGCAACUGAGGAAAUUGAUCUCGCGGAGAAGCAGCGAAUUGUAGAUGCCAUUGGUUUUGAUGAACAAACUAUCCGUGAGACCGAUAACGAGGAAAGCUCAUCUCGUGCAAAGUGCAAAGUGAAGAUUGCGCUUAAGGCGGGAAAGUUUUCCUUAUUUGAGAGGGUCAACGAUGUCGAUAUCUUGUCUGUACGUUUCGUAAAUCUCGAAUCUCAACAUGAGUAUACGCCAUUAGCAUAUGAAGGCGACAUCCAACUCGGCGAUUUGCUUGUUCUUAAUGACAAACGGAAGCUAUUGUUCUUGAGAGACCAAAAAGCUGCCAAUUCAAUCGAACCACAACCUCUUUUGAAGAUGAACAUGAGUGUAGCUUUCAAUGAUUCCUCUCCAACGGAUUCACUCUCCAUGGGCUUACAGGCCCUUGAAUUUUACUAUGAUUAUGCUACCGCUGCUCAAGUUCAAAAAUUCUUCUCGCAGCCCUCAGAAACACAAAAGCAAGUACGAGCGUUCAUGAAGUAUGCCGGAAAUGCUGUAAAUGGUAUAACAACACAGACAACGCAAGCCCUACGCAGGUAUUUACAAGAUCGCCGAAAGUUUAUUUUGGACCUUAAUCUGCACGCUCCGGUUAUAUAUCUUCCAGAGACUGAAGGUAGUCAGGUUACGAAUCUUCUUUGCAUCGAUGCUGGCAAGUUGACGAUUAAUUCAUCAACGCCUAAUUAUGCUCAAGAGGAACAGGAGGACCCGAAUGAAUUACCAACAGAGCUCUUCUACGAAUGUUACAAACUUUCGGUCGAGAACGCUCAAUUACUGCUGGGUCCUUCUGAUAUUCUUAAAACUUCCGAUGUGAAUCUGAAGAAAAAAUAUGCGCUUAUUGAGAAUAUUACUACGCAUUUUAAUGUAAAGGCGCUUAGUGUAUUUUCAAAAGAUCUCCCUAGAUACGUUUUUGAGGGUGAACUUGAGAAGCUCAAUCUGUUCAUGUCUGAUUCUCAGUACCGCUCCCUGAUGCGCAUACAAGACUGUAUGACUGCAUCUACGGAACACUUUGAGGAUGCAAGUUCGGUGACGGAUGACGAUCAGUCAUCUUCCUUUUAUUUUCAGCCAGAAGAUGAUGACCGUGAUUUCGAACAGGGUCCUUUGUUGGAAUUGUCAUUCCAAGCAUCGGCACUCAGCUUGGUGCUACAAAAGGAGAUUCAAGAUAAAAGCUUUAUUCCUAUGAUUGAAAUUAAUGUCGGCACUGGUCGGAUGAGUUUAAAGAAAACUGAUGAACAAAUGUUUUUCCAGCUUCUCGUUCAGAGGAUAGGGAUCUUGGAUAGAGCGACCGAAACUGUAGGUCAAGGAACUCCAAAGAUAUUGGAUUGCUCUGGGACGUCAGAAGAAAAUGAAUGGCCGAUCGAGUUUACUGCCAAUUUUCAACAUGGCGUUGAUAACGGUAAUCAGAACGUAAAUACGUAUACAUUCUCUUGUGAAAGAGGUGUAUUGAAAUUGGCGAAGCUUCCACUUUUUUCAAUGGCAGAAUACUUUGCUGUCUUUUCUACAGAUGAUGAUGAGACGAAGGAGACAAUUAUUAAUGAUUCGGACAUUCAAUCCAUUACAAAUCUUAAUACUCACUUUAAGUCUAUUUCAUUUUCAAUCAUGGAUGACUACAUGUCCGCUCCUGUUGAAUUUAACCUAAGUGAUGCCAAAAUGCAGUUUAAUUCAAAAACUGGUUCCAUGGGAGUAAUUUUGCAUUUACAAGACAUGAAUGUUGUCUCACACAAGAAGGGACUCACAGACCAUUUGUCAUUACUAAAGACAAACGGUGAUUCUCUAGUCGACUUAACCUGUGAAUAUCGCUUUGCGUCUGCUGCAAAUUCUUAUGUCCCAACUUGCGAUUUUACGCUUCAGAGCGGAACUUGCUCAGUGCUCUAUGAUGAAGAAUCAAUUAAGCGUCUGCUUCUUAUAUUCUCAGAUAUAAUCCAGACAAAAGCUGUUAUUGAUUCCGCUCGUUAUUUAGCAGCCAAUGGGUCUUAUCAAGUUGAGCAAGGAACUAUAUUUAACCUUUCUCUUGAUGUCGAAAAGCCCGUAAUGCUGUUGCCUGUACCAUUACGUGAUGACUGUAAUGCUAUAUUAGAAUUAUCUCCCGGUAAUUUGAGCAUCAAAACUUCUUCCUGGUUGCCUUCCCUGUCCUUGGAACUUGUUUUUGAUUCAAUGUCCGCUCACACCUAUGUUGAUGUUAAUAAUCAAGUCACCAAUCAUCAAACUGUUCUUAACGACCUUAAUUUCCGCGUGCAAUUGAAGGUUGACCAGUAUGAUCAGGGAAAGAAGAAUUUUUAUCGAAUCUCUGUGCUGUCAAACCUUAAUAAGUUCUGUGUUUCAGUAUCCGAAUUCCAGUAUGUCAUUCUUCUUAAGUUUUUGUCGACGAGUACACAAUUUUUGACUCUAUUUGACUCUUUCCGCUCAAAUAUUGAUGCGGAAAGUCUCUCCAAAGCUCUUUACAAUGAAACCUACAACCCAGAGACCUUAAAGAAUACUAUAGAACACCUAACUUUAUCGACCAGUAUUGAAGUAUUUUUUAGCUUCCUUGCAGAUUCCAUUGGAAUUAAGCUGUUUAGAGGUGGAUUCAAGCCUAACGACUUAACUCCUUUAACGGACAUUACUUUUGACAAUGUUUCAUUAAAAUCACUCUAUGAGGAUACAAAGGGAACGGAUGCCUUUCUGUCUCUGUCAUCCAUCCGUAUCCAAGAUAUUAGAGAUCCUACAUCCGAGUUGGCUGAUAUUGUCCUCAUUGAAGAAGAAUCCAGUAGUCACUUUGAUGCUCGUUUUUCCCUUGAAAAUGGUUCUCACGUUGGUGUUCUCAGUGCUUCUUUGGAAAAGACACGGUACAUUCUUUCGUUGGAUUACUUUAUUGCACUUUAUAAGUAUCUUCAAAUUCCGCCUGAGUACAGUUCCGCAAAUGAUGGUAAUCCUGAAAUUGUUAAUACUUCAAGGAAAACACCAGCUGAGAAUCCGAAACAAGAUGGCCUGACGAUGCAUUACAAUUUCGACAUCUUGGAUACUAACGUCUUGCUACUCUCUGACAUCUCUGAUAAAAAUUCUCAGGUUUUACUAUUGAAUGUUGAACAUACCACUCUCAUAAAGCAGAAUUCUUAUUCUGUUAUUGUAAAAAACAUAGGCCUUUCAAUGUCUCAAUUGAAUAAUCUGAAAAGUGAUGGCAUAACACUCGUUGAUGACUUUUCCUUGUGUUUUGGAAUGGAAAUUGGUAGUACGACAAACGGUUCUUUGGAUAUUGAUCCCUUAACUUUACGACUGUCUGUUUAUGAUAUUGUUUUGCUCAAAAGACUCUUCUAUUCAGCAACAGAAUUGCUGCAACAAAAUGGUAUUAUAAGUUCAAGCGAUGUAAAGGAAUUAGAAGAAGAAAAGUUGAAGGAAGUUUUGACUCAUGGAACAGAAGCAUCAUCUUUUUCGGGUUUAAGGGCAAGAUCUGAAGAGUUAACGUUUACUUCUGGUGGUUCUCAGCUCUUACUCAUUAGCGACUCACAUAAUUUACCCAUUGCUAGUUUUUCUGUGGAUCCAUUUAACUUAUCCUUGAAAAAUUGGUCAACAAGUCCGAGAUUUAAGGUCCUGUUAGGAUUUGAUUGCAGAGUAUUUAAUUUUGCGAAAUCUCAUUGGGAACCGUUCCUUGAACAUUGGAAUAUUCUUCUUACUCUUCGAAAAAACGACGGUGAUUUUGUUCUUAAUGCUGUUUCUGAUGAUGUCGCCGAAGUUUCUGUGACAUCCAAACUGCUUGAGAGUGUCCGUUAUGUCAAGAAGUUUUAUGAAGAGAAUAAGAAUAAGUCGGUGAUCAAAAGAUCGGAAGGUUACCCUUAUGAGAUAUUAAAUCUUACUGGAUUUGACGUGGAAUUGUCGAGAAGCACCGACGGCGAAGACAAAGUGGUUGUUCAAAAUGGAAAAUCCAUCCCCUGGCGAUUUGAAAAGCAUAAGCGUGAGCAGGGUUCUACUAAGCUUGAUGAGAAGGAAUCCGAUGUACGCCUAACAAUAUCAUUUAAAGAAGUCUGGUUCCCUGUUCGGGAGGUUUCAGUUCAUCGUGAAGGUACUUUUCUAUUUGAACUUAAACCUCAGUUAGAAACAGAGACUUUUUUGAUGGUAAAUGUACAAUUACUGGAGAAUAGCGUGAAGAGGAUCACCAUCUCAUCUCCGUACAUUAUUCGUAACCAUACAUCGACACCUUUUGAGCUUGUGUUCCAUUCAUCGAAAGGGCAUAAGCGUUCUGAUAUAUACACCAUUGAAGCAAACAGUUAUCUCGCACUUCCUCUUGACUUAGCCAAUGUGUAUCAGUUCCGUUUACGUCCGUCUGCGAAUCGAGGAUACGUCUGGUGUCACAAACCAGUUAACUGGAUGGAGUUUUUGGAGACACCUCUUUCCAUGUUUACUUACCGUUCCAGGAACAGAGUACAUUUACAAAUCUUGAUGUGGCCAACCGAGCCAUCGAGGUUGUUCUUCCAAAUUAUAAAACUCAACAAUUCUGUUUACUUGGUUUAUUUAUUGAAGAAUGUACUGGCAAGUUUUGUAUCUCGAAAUCGGUAUCUAUUUCACCCCGCUUUUUGUUCAAGAAUAACCUUGGCCGUAUUGUUCGAAUUCGAGAGUUUGCUUAUAAGGAUAUUUGGUUAUGCAUGGGACUAUCCAAUUGUCAAAAAGAAACGGCUACGCUUCUCGUUGGAUAGAGACUUUAUCGAUGUUGACCUUUCGGCUAUUGGAGAUCUUACAACAUGGAAGCUUCCUAAUGAUAAUUUGCGCUUUAGAGUCGAAAUGCAUGGCAUUACACCAACUCUUUUAAUUACUAACAGAAAGCCUCUUAAUACCCAAGUUCCUGCAUUUGAUGAACGAUCACGAAAAAGUCGUCCCGGUGAAGAACACACAUCCGUUACAAAUAAAAGUUCAAACGGUAAUAGUUUUGCAUUGUCUGUAAAGCUUUUUGGUGUGGGAAUAUCGUUAAUAAAUCCUUACUACGAGGAGCUUGCUUAUUUUACUCUUCGUGACUUUUCACUCUUAAUUAGCAGCUCAGUGAAUGUUUGCGACACCGUCGUUUCUUUAGGCUGGCUUCAAGUGGACAAUCAAAUGAACGGUGCUAGAUUUCCUGUAAUCUUGGCCCCUAAACCGGUUACCGUACCAGAUAACGGUGAAAGUUCGGAUUUCUUAAAUCUUCAAUUGUCCAUACUCAAAAGUCCAUCGUACGGUGUUACUUACAUUCGCCAUGCCGGCAUUUAUAUGCGAGAGUGUACGCUUUCUUUGGAGGAGGCCUUCUUAGCAGCGUUCUCUCGAUUUCUUGCUGCUUCCCCAGCAAAUAAUUCGACUGCAAUUGACACAGGUUCAUUUGAGACAUCGCUUCCUAGUCAAAACUUUAAUGAUACGGUCGAACCCAGCAAUUUGUUCAUCGAAGUUUUGGACUUUUGCACAUUCAAACUAAGUGUCUCAUUUGCUACAGCCAGCAAUGAAGAGGACAAUUACAUUGGCUCUUCAAAGACUACUUCUGAAGUCCUGAUCACCUUGUUUUCUCGAUUCUUAGGAAAUAUAAGCAAUGCACCUUUAGUAUUGAACGCUAUGGAACUUCAAAAUGCUCGGGUUUCAGCGGGUGAACUUGGCAACCGGGUUCAGACAUAUUACAAGCAACAAAUGGUUUCUAAAUUUCCGAAAAUGCUGGGUUAUUCAGAUGCCUUUGGCAAUCCACUUGGCCUUUUCAAUACCUUUGCCUCCACUAUUAGUGACGCUGACACACUUUACAAUGGUGAUCGUGUCGUUCGUAAAGCAGUUUCUGGAUUUACGGACAGCGUCUCUAAAUGGACUGGCAAUUUGUCAAAGAACAUCAGUGUUUACACGCAGAAGAAAUCUGAUAAACGUUCUCAGCGCAAGGUGAACUUGGACGAUGUACAAGCCCCUCGUAAAGACGUAACACCGUCACGCUUCUUCAAACGUUUGGGAGGUAACAUCGUCAACCUUGGAUCUAAACCAGUAGUGGGAUUCUUAGAUCUUGCAAGCAAUGCUUUCGGCGCUGUCCGUGACACAGCCAAGCUAGAUGAUGGGGAGGUACGUCCUGUUCGUUAUACUCGUUAUAUCGAUUACCUCGGUUUGGUGAAGUCCUACUCUAGACGUGAUGCUUAUGGCCAGCAUCUAUUAAGGGUGUGUGAAAGGGGUGCAUAUGCAAGCGACCAUUAUCUUUACCAUGCUGUUUUGCCAAGAAAGGAGUUACUAUUCUUUACACUCGAGCAUGUACUACUUCUGGAUCCUGGUUCGUGGACCUUCCACGUAAUUUGUCGAAUCAACGAGAUACGCAGAGAUGUCGUUAAACCAGGAAUGAUUGAAGUGGUAUGCAGAAACGAGAUAAUAAAGCGUGUACCCUUACCAACAACCGAACAAGAGGCGGGCAAUUGUGUGGUUGCUUUACACACAGCUAUAAAGGAAUGUCAACGCAUGCGCGCACGUCCACCCGUUCUCUAG